CGAGUGGGGAGGAGCCAUCGCGCAACUGAGUAUAUAUGCUGAAAAUCACCAAGCAACUCGUUACAAUUCUUGAAGACACAAAACGAAAAGGAUCAUUAAAAAAAAAAUAAUAAUAAUAAAUAAAUAAAUAUUUAAGUGAUACUAUUAUUUAAUAGAAAAAAAAAAUAGUGUUUUUGGGUGCGGAGUUUGAAUUUUCGAAAAAAAAGAAACUUGAGGAGAAAAAGUGGUUCAAGUGGUCAUAUAUAGUAUUUUUUUUUGUGUAUAAAAAAAAAUUCAAAAUGAAGAACCAAUCAUUGGCAACAGUGACUGCAGGUUUACUGCUUCUUCUUCUUGUACUGGUACCGGAAAUAGCACACGCUCGGCCAUCCGGUUUCCUUAGUCGACAAAAACGAGUUUCUGAUCAAAGACUGGCGGAACUUGAGACACUGAUGGCAUUGUCAAGACUAAAGGGAAAAUUAGUCACAGUUCCUGUGGGAUUUGGUCGCGUUGAUCCUGCAAAACUUGGUCGCAAACGACGAUCAAAUGCUGGAAAUGAUUUUCAGAGAUUUCAACGAUUUUGGAAAACUAUUUCGGAAUCUGAAUUAAAUGACGAUGACAGCAAGGACAUAAUAUUUCCUGCAUCUUGGUUCCAGAGAGACGUGGAUAAUCAGCUAGGCGAUGAUACGGACGACCCUCCACUCUUUUUUAAUUAGAAAAAAGAGAAAAAAUGAGAGUAAAAUAAAUCGUCAAUAAAAGACAAAAUGGUUUUAAAAAAAAAAAAUAAUAAAUCGUGAGAGGUUCUCAAAAUAUUCUCACCACCCGAACAGUAUUAGCGGAUUGUCUGCCGUCCGAACUUGAACUCUACACUGAAAGUUUAAUUUCACAUUUUUAUUAUAGUAGAAGAUUCUAUAAUAAUUAGGAGAAAAAAAUAA